AUCGACUAACUGGGCAACUCGAGAACAGCAAAGAUGUCCGCCGGUGCAGUAGAUUAGAAUGUUAUUAGUCACUUGGUCGGUCGCGUUUGUGAGUAAAUACCAGCUGGAUGCGUAGCGCGAUCCCGUAACGGUGUGCUAAACGUGCGUGCGGCUACGUCGAGCGGAAGUGCAGGGAAGAGAAUUCCGGAGUGCCGAAGAGAGAACGCGGAGAAGAGAGAGAGAGAGAGGAAGCCGCAGGCAUGGGUCUCUUCCAGAACUCCUCGCCUUUCGACGCUGAAGUCGAAAAGGCAACCAAUGAGAACAAUGUAUCAGAAGAAUGGGGAAAGAUAAUGGAUAUCUGCGAUAAAGUGGGCACUUCUGCUCAAAACGCCAAGGACUGUUUACGUUCCAUUAUCAAGAGAUUGUACUCUCAGGACCCACAUGUUGUCAUGCAGGCUAUAACAUUGUUGGACGCUUGUGCGAGUAACUGCGGCAAGACUUUUCACUUGGAGAUUGCAUCCAGGGACUUCGAGAACGACCUGAGGAAGCUCAUUCAUCAUCAUCAGCAGAAAAUAGUGCAGAAGGUGAAGGCGCUGCUGAAGAAGUGGGCGGAAGGCGAUUUCAAAACGGAUCCUCAGUUGAACUUGAUCCCAAGCCUGUACAAUAAGCUUAAAAGUGAAGGCCAUGACUUUUCCUCUGUCUCGGAUUCACCAAAAGUUAGUGCUCCGAAUAGAGAUCCUAAUGUAGUAACAAAUUCGCAAGAAGAAGCAGAUAUCGCUAAAGCUAUACAUCUGUCGUUACAAGAAAGUAAGGCGCACGCCCAGAGCACCUCAUUGCAUAGCUCGCCAGCUUCUAAAAAGAGUUCCAGUUUAUAUCCUAAUAUGAAUUCCGUACUUGGAAGUUCAAGUACCUCGGAAGGCAGGAAAGUGCGCGCUCUGUACGACUUCGAGGCUGCGGAAGACAACGAACUGACAUUCUUUGCAGGAGAAAUAAUUAAUAUCUUGGACGAUUCGGAUCCAAAUUGGUGGAAGGGUAGCACUCUAAAAGGUGAAGGGCUUUUUCCAUCCAAUUUUGUCACUGCUGAUUUGUCUGUUGAGCCAGAUGAAUACACAAAAUUGGAACAUAGUAAUAAAAAAUUAGUGCAGUUUGUGGACGAGGUGGAAGUCAAGAUGGUGAAGCGCGAGCCGGAGGUGGUGGAGGUCGAGAUAGACGAGAAGAAGAUGGACAGAUUGUUGCAUUUGCUUCACGAAGCCGAUCCACAGUGUGACACGUCUGAUCCUCAGGAAAUGCUCGAUCUGGAAGAACAAGUCACGGCAAUGGGACCGCUGAUCGACGCGGCUUUGGAAAAAGUAGACAGGCGGCACGCGCAGCUUACUCAGUUAAGCUCCGACCUGGUGGACGCUCUUAAUCUGUAUCACACAUUGAUGCGAGAACCCGCACCACCGACGCCGUCUGGCUACACCUUGCCCAAAAUGCAGCCGCAUAUGAAUCCUUAUCCGUUUCACAAUACGGGACCACCACCAUCACACAUAUUUAACGGUAUACCGCAUUCUCCAUUUCCCACUGGAGCGGCAACGGGUCCAGGCCCGUUGCCCGGACCGUACAACGCAAACAUACCGAGCAACGAGUAUAUGGGUCCCUCCAGUAUGCCAAAUAUGACUCUGCCGCAACCGCACUUUCACAUUCAAUCUGGUCCUCAUCAACAACAUACGCCUGGACAUCCACAAGGCCCGUCUCUACCACAGCCCGAUCAAACUAGCCUUCCUUACCAACCACAAGGAUACCCACCACAGACUGGCCCCGCGCCAGGACCGUACGGUCCACCCGGACCUAGAGGACCGUCAAUAAGCCAGCAACCGCAAUACGCUCCACCGAACGGACAACACAUGAUGUAAAGCGAAAAUAUGCGUUAUGAACACUCAUCUUGUACUCUAACUCAAGCUGUACAAUAUUACGAUAUUAUAAUUAUUUAAAUAAACAUACCCCCGAAGUAGCCAAAGAUAAUGGGUUUUCAAUGGAAGUUUUGCGUUUGUAUCUACGUAGGCAGUAUAUCGUUCAGUAUGCGCCGCGUAUGUAUACACGCGACUUGGAAGAAGCAAAGCAGAGAGUGACUUACGUUACGCCUACGACGCAUCGAUAUUAGUUUUGUGAUUGUUAGAUAUUUAUUGCUCAGACUGUUCAGUUUUAUUAGUUUAUACAUUCCUCCGGCCCGCUUUGUCUUUUUCUUCGUUGUUAUUGUUUUAUUAGAAAUCCGAUUCGCCACUAAAACAAAAAAAAAAUGUUCGCCGUUGUAUAUCUGUGUAAAAAGAAAAAAUGACAUGUACGUAGAUUCUGUGUUGCCGAUUAUUGUUUCAGAUACUUUCGCGUCAAUUGUCGCGGUUAAUAAAAACAAAACAAGAUAAUCUUCGUGCUUUAUUCUAUGUUUUUAAGUUGUAAGCGUUGUGUCGUAUAUGUGUCACAUAAAUUGUAAAUUGCGCACUUUAAGUAACAUGUCGGUAUUUACAAAUAUAUCACAAAGAUACAUGACGGGUUUUCCGGAACCCGCAUGCGCGCACGAAUGGAAAGCUCGACGAAUGUUUUAUAAUUUUCUACUCUGCCAUUGAGCCUCGAUGGAGUUAUUUGCGAGAUACAGAUUGGGCGAUUACUGGGUGAAUGAAGAUAAAUGGAGCGAUGCGUUGUCACACAGCCGCGCCGUCGCAGGCGCGUUUGACAGUUGUCGAACGAUAGUCGUCGCGAUGAGAAACUCGAAUUCGCAAGCUUUCGCAACAAAAAAUAUCUCGAGAUGCGGUUUAAUCAGAUCAUUGUGUACAAUAAGACAAAUUCCUAUUGAUUGGCUCGGAAGAGCUGACUCUGCGAGGAACUUUUUAUCGAUUGUUAAUGCAUGAUAGGUGCGCGACAAUGUUUAUAUGUGUAUUCAGGACGAGACGCGCGUUCUGUCUCAGUCAAAUGUGACAAACACAGACGGCCAGUGCUUUUUGGGCUUUGAUGCACUCACGAUAUGUCGAAGUUCAAUGUGAUUAUGCUUGUCGUUCUCUAUGUCAAAGAAGAUCAUAGAGCUUGUCGAUUUGAACCAAUAGCACUACAGUGUUUUGUAUAGAUGCAACAAAUAACGAAAGGGAGAGAGAGAGUCGGGGUGAAAAUUUGUGAAAACGCAAUCCGCACAAAGCUUACCGAUUCGAGCCUAGAUAGGAACGUAAUUUGUUUCCGAGACAGAACAAGCAUCGAGAUUAGGUCUGUUUUUUAUUGCUGAACUCGUUACAUUAAUUCUCUCUUUUUUUUUCCACCAAGUCUUAUCUGUAUAUGUCUCAUUUUAAGUUCCGAAAAUGUACGGCAAUAGUUCAGCAAUAGAAAAUAGAUUCGUUGUUUAUUACAGUCGUAUACCAUAUACUGUGUGUAUAACGAAAACGGAAACGAGAUAGAAAUUAUGAGCGGCAAUAUGAUAUUAAAGAUGAAAGAAAUAACUGAUCCUAUGGAGAGUAGGCGCUUAUGCUGUGUAUGUUAUGAUAUAUACAGAGUGUCCCGCCACUACCGCAUUAUGUUUUAAGGAUGGAUUCUUGAAGUAGUUUGAAGAAAAAAAUUUUAAUGCAAAGAUGUCGAGGCUAUAAUACUUUUCAAAUUAUAAACGAUUAAAGUUGACCAAUUAUAUUGGCUAAAGUACACGCGUUCAUGUACGGUACAACACAUACUGGUACAGGUACAUGCACAUAAGUGAGAAUUGCAUAAGAUAUGAAAUUAGUUGCGAAUCUUUGAAAGAAACGUCAAAUGUGUGACAGCUUAUUGAUUCUCAUAAAUGUAUUGAUAUUUUAUUUAUGACAUUUUGACGAAAUUGUUAUUAUUUGCGAUAUGUUUAUUUAAAUGAUAGAAAAGACAUUAUUAUUAUAUACAUUAUUGUGUGUAUGGAACUUCCGCAUCAAUAUUUGGAAAAAGGACGACAUGUGCAUGCACCUGUAUCUGGUGUGUUAUAUCGUAAGCGCGUGUACUUUAUCCAGUAUAAUUAGUCAACUUUAAUCGUUUAUAAUUUGAAAAAUUAUAAACUCGCCAUUUUUGCAUUAGGAUUUUUUUAUUCAAAUUACCUCAGAAAAAAUAAUGCGGUAGUGGCGGUACACCCUAUAUACAUAUAUAUCAUUAAACUGGCUUUAUUUAAUCAAUUAUCGCCUAAUUACAUGUAUUCCUCUUUUCUCGUGUACACAUGGAAGUAUUGGGCGGAUAAAAAUCGUCCUGUAACCAAGAACGAUUGUACAUUAUGUAAAUAGUAUGAGAAAUACAUUUUUUCGAAACGUCGA